AUGGAAUCAGCAACGAAUUCUUCAUGUGGUUAUUUACCAUUGCCAUUGAAUCAUUACGUUGGCCUAAAAUUUAGGCCUACUGAUCAGCAACUUCUUCAUUAUCUUCAUUGUAAGAUUUAUGGUCAGCCUUAUUUUCAAGGAGCUGUUUUCGACUUUGAUCUUUAUGGUGGAGUCGAGCCAUGGGAAAUUUGGCAAAGUUUUGGAGGAAUUGAUGGCGAAGAUCUUUACUUCUUCACUAAGCUCAAGAGGUCGACAACCAACUGUGGAAAUUUGUCUACGCACGUUAACCGCAAGAUUGGGCUCGUCAAUGGUACUUGGAGUGGCGAGAAUUCAGCUAGUCCAAUUUAUGUUAAUGAAAACUGUGAAGAAAUAAUUGGUUAUCGCAAGCGCUUUAGGUAUGAGAACGAGUCCUUGGAAGAACACCAUGGUGAAUGGAUAAUGCAUGAAUAUAGCAUGCAUCAACGUUAUUUGAGGUGUGAAGGGGUCGACUCCAAUUAUGUUUUAUGUAGGAUGAGGAAGAAUGAAAGAGUUAAAAGAAAAUUAUUAGAAAUUCAAGGUGAGGCGAAACAACCCAACAAGAAAAGAAUAAAGGCACCUCAUAUUUCUGAUAAUGAAAGAUGUGACGAGUUACAACCGAUAGAUCAAAGAGCAACAACAUGUGAGACGAUCUACAACUUGGAUAUCAGGCCUGAUAUGAAUACUCAUCAAGAUAUUAGUGUUGUGGACCGCGUGCCCAAUAUGACCACUAAUCAAGAUAACAGAAAUGAAAACACUAGUUUGGGUAUUGAAGAUUAUGUACCUUGCAUGCCCGCUGACGACGAAUUCAAAGAUAUUCGAACUUUAGAUGAGUUUUGUACUUAUAUUCAAAACAACUUCGAUGAGACAUUAUCUACUUUCAAAGUUUGA